AUGACCACCCUGCUCCUCACCGAGCAAAUAACACAAGAAGACCGUGGCUCGGAGGGAAACUAUGUCCUGUAUGGAUCCUCCUGUUCCCAAAUCACCGAGGAGGCCGAAUACGUGAAAAAGCAGCUCGCUGAAGUCUCGGGCGAUGAAGAAGGGAUGCAGAAGAGCGGCCGGAGCUGGAGCUGCAGUCCCGUUGCACGGACCAUGAGGGAAACAGAAGAGCAGCUGCUGCUGGUGAGCAGGGAGAACCAAGUGCUGAAGAUCAAGCUGGAAGCCACGAGAGAAGCAGGUGUGCAGGCUCUCAGAUCCGCCUCUCAGAAGCUUUAUGAGAAUUACCAGACUCGCUCAGAAGAACUGAAAAAAAGCCAUGACAAUGAGAAGCAGCAAAUGCAGGCUUACAAUCUCCAACAAGAAGAGAAGCUCCGGCAAAGCUCGGAAGAUACCAGCCGCCUUGCUGAAGGCUUCAGGGAAAAAUGCACCCGCAUCGCCGAGAUGGAGAGGCGCGUGCAGAGGAUGGAGGAGGAAAAGAAAACUCUGCUAGAGAAGAAGAUGUCAUUUGAAAAGAGGCUUGAGCAGAUGAUGUCAAGGAAUGAAGACGGCAAACGGUGCCUGGAGCUCCAGCGGCAGAUUUCCACCCUCCAGGAGCAGAUCUCCCACCUGCGGCGCGUGAUCCAGGCGCAGCACCAGGGACUGCACGGCGUCAUACGGGAGGCAGAGGAACUGAACACUGAACUCAAAAACCAAGAUAAAAAGAUAGAAAACCUGACAGAGAAGCUGACUGCACUGGAGGCACAGAAUAAGGAACUGAAAGACAGAGUGGAGUUCUGGUCUGGCCGGCCCAAGGCUAAAGUUUCCAAAGCUGUCUGGACAGAGUAA